CAAUGCGUUUCAUUCAUAUGUUUUCUUUGUUGUAUUGUAGACAUCAGAUGUUUUGCGGUGGAGAGGCUUUUCCUUCUGUCUGUGGGACAAAGCUGAUCAGGUUCAGACGGGGUAUUUUUAACGGGGAUUUACGGACAGACGCGCAGCGGAAGACUCGCGUCUUACGCGCUUUUAACGGAGCUGCGCGAGGACACUCGCUCAUUCGGCUCGUGGAAGCGCGCGCAGUAUGUCUGUGAAGCACGCGAACAUCCCCUGGAGAAACAACAACUUCAGUCUGAUGAGCAGCGAUCAGCCUCUGUCCGAUCAGGGCGAGACCAUCAUCGGCUUUUAUCUGCUGAUUCUGGGCUGGUUGUCGUGGUUCGGGAACAGUAUCGUGAUCUUCGUCCUCUUCAAACAGAGAUCAUCUCUGCAGCCCACAGACUAUCUGACUCUCAAUCUGGCCAUAUCUGACGCCAGCAUCUCUGUGUUUGGAUAUUCCAGAGGAAUCCUGGAGAUCUUUAAUGUUUUUAAGGACAAUGGAUACCUCAUCACAUCAGUGUGGACGUGUCAGGUGGAUGGAUUCUUUACUCUUGUUUUUGGUCUGGGCAGCAUCAACACACUCACCGUUAUCAGCAUCACCAGAUACAUCAAGGGCUGUCAUCCCAGUAAAGCUCACUGCAUAAGCAACACUACAGUCAUCAUGAGUGUUCUCUUCAUCUGGAUGGGAGCUUUGUUCUGGUCCGGUGCGCCCAUCUUCGGCUGGGGCAGUUACACAGAUCGAGGUUACGGCACGUGUGAGAUCGAUUGGGUGAAAGCCAAUUAUUCCACCAUCCACAAGUCCUACAUCAUCUCCAUUCUCAUCUUCUGCUUCUUCAUGCCGGUGCUCAUCAUGCUCUUCUCCUACAUCUCCAUUAUAAACACAGUGAAACGAGGAAACGCCAUGUCUGCAGAGGGAGACCUGACCGACCGACAGCGCAAGAUCGAGAGAGACGUCACAAUUGUGUCUAUUGUGAUUUGUACGGCGUUUAUUCUCGCCUGGUCUCCGUAUGCCGUGGUGUCCAUGUGGUCCGCGUGGGGUUUCCACGUGCCCAGUCUCACCAGCAUCUUCACGCGGCUCUUCGCAAAGUCCGCCAGUUUCUACAACCCGCUCAUUUAUUUCGGCCUGAGCUCAAAGUUCCGCCGGGACGUGAGCGUGCUGUUGCCCUGCAGAGGAGAUGGGAGAGAUAACGUCAAACUCAAACGCUUCAAAAAGAUCCGGGGGAGGGCGGACGGGUCACCCGUGGCCCUGCGGCACGACAACCAGCAGCCCCAGUUACAGAAGCGUGAGGUGAAGAACCAGCCUGGCCGAGAGCCGCUGAACCCCGCGCCCAGCCCUGACUCUGGGGUGGGCAGUCAUCCUGAAAGCCCCCCUGCCAACAAAAAUGUGUUCUUCAUCGACACGCCCGAACCCGAGUCUGAAUGUGUCAGACUGUAGAUCAUGAGGGAAUGUUUCACUUUUUCCUCUUUUCUUUUUAUAUUUGAACUCAUUAAAUAUCAUUUUAGCAGCCCAAUUUCCCCCCCAUAAUGUAUACAUCUCAACUGUAUCACUAUUAAAGUUUUUCUGAAUUGCUAAAACACUAAACCCCAAUCUCAAGUGUCUUGUAGACCCCCCCAUACAUACACACGUGUGCACAAUAAAGUUUUGAAUUAGCCUAUAGGGUAUACUCAACUCAACUCAAACUUUAUUUAUAAAGCACUUUCAAGACCAGAAAGUGGAAACCAAAGUGCUGUACAGAAAGACUAGAAAGCAGAAAAUCAACAUUUAAACACAUACCACACAACAGCAAUGAACACAUUUAAAAGACAUUUUCAAAUGCUAAUGAAAACAAAUGAGUUUUAUAUGAGUUUUACUAUACGUGUAGGAAACACCUCUAUCUUAUUCAGGAUUACAUUGGCAAGUUACAAACUAUGAUCACAACCUGAAGGACCAUAUCACCACCUGUACACAUCCUCCAUCAGAUUUACAGCACAUGAUUGAAACAAUGCUUUCCUGGACCAGCUGCAACAAUAUCAAGACAUUUCUCUGCAUACUGUAACUCACUGCCUCGCCUCGCUCACAUCAGAUUCUUCCAUAAUUCACACAGAAACACGCCGGAUUAACAUGUUCUCAAGAGAAAAUAUAAGAACAUUAUUAAAUGGGUCAUAUGGGGUGCAUGUUUGUAUCUCUCCUCUUUGCUCCGCCUCUCUGAAAUGGGCGUGUGGAUUUUUGACAAAGCUCAUGGCUCUGAAAAGCGAGGUGUGCUAUGAUUGGCCAGUUCACCAGUGCGUAGUGAUUGGUGGAAUCACAUGCAAACAUGUGAUGGAAAUGUAACGCCUCUUUUUUGUAUAAAAAGAAUUACAAGACUGACCCAAACCCUAAACCUAGCUCAUGUGAAAUGGCAGCACAAAAUGUCAGAACGUAAGUGAAUGAUCAUUUUAAUAAUUGGUAAAUUGUGGUUUCUGAAAUUAAAAUACAAGAAUAGGCAUUAUUAUUAUUUUCAUAUCAAUGGAAAGAUAUUUGUGUUGCUGAGUGUUUAUCUGUUGAAACUUUAAUUAUGCCACGCUGGCCGUAACUUCACACUGUAUUAAACUUCUGGUGGACUAAAACGUGCUUUGUUCAUGAAAAGUUUUAUUUUUCGUUUUGGUUUUAUUGUACAUUCAUCUGAUGCAUUUUGACAGUAUGAUAAAAACAAAAGUUAAAACUAUGUCUCAUAGGAAAUACGUACCCCUGUACACUUUUUGCAGCGCCACAAAAUACAUACCGUCAGGUACAAAUUGCAACCCUGUUUCACAAUUUCCAACAAUAGUAACGUUAACAACACCAUAUUGUUUUAUAGUGGGGUGUAAUGAUUUUGAAUUUUUUGAAUUCCAUAUAAAAUUUAAACAAAGAUAAUGAUUGUUGUAAAUGUUUUAUUGGUUGUAUUCCGUUCAAAAGUUUGUGCAGUGUUUAAAAACUGAAAGCAAGGAAUUCUGUUGGAUCAGCAUUGGUAACGGUUUUUCAAUGUAACAAAGAAAAUGUCAGAAAAAUGGCCUCAUAUGCUAAAAUCAUUUUACACUCAAUAUAGUAAAAUUACUUACAAAGGGGUGAUAAAAGAAACGUGACUAAUUUGAUGUACAUCUUUAAAACAAUGACAUUAAUAAUUGCAUUAAUAUUAUUUAUAGAGUAUCACUAUUUAAAAGUAAAAUAUAGCUGCAAGCAGCAAUUAUGGGGUCAAGCCCUUCAACGGCACAAACUUGUUUCUGAUGAUGAGUUUUUGAAAAGUAGACAUAAAAAUGUAAAAGCAUUUAGAACACAAUAUACAGUAAGUGCUUAUAACUUUAGACCAUAAGGUGGCACAUAGAGGACACAGAAUGUUGAAUAUUUUGAAUGUGUCAAAUGUUUUGAGUGGUUUUAAAGACUAGAAAGAUGCUAUACAAAUACUCCAUUCACGUAUCUGACUUUAGGGUGUCAGAGUCUGCCACCACAAAACAGUCACCCCAUAGGCACCCUGUGAUCUGUUAUCAAGAGGACAAUGAAGAUGUAAAUUCAUGUUGAUGAACAAGGUCAGAAAGUCAGAAGGUCAAUGCCAUGUUACUAAACGUAUCUAUCAAAACAAGCAAUCUCUCUCUUGUGCUUAUGUAUGUGUAGGCUUCUGUAUAUAAAGAACUAGCGGUGGAGCCUAACAUUUGAACGUUUAGAAUUUAGUAAGUGGAACAUAUGUUUAGAAAAUGAAACAACUUAUAUAAAUGAAUGAAAACAUGUUAAUUGUGACUUUUAAAAUACCAAAAUGUAAUUAUUCACAUAAUAUUUAAAAUAUGUUUGGGUAGGGUAGGAUUGAUCCUUUUAAUAAGUAGGAAUUUAUCUCACUACAUAAAUGAAUAAGGUAAGGUAUAAAAGUUUUGAUUAACAAUAAGCCUAACUUUAAUAAAUCAACACAAGCGUUCUGUUUUGAUGACGAAAUGAGCUCUGCAUAUUGGACAUUAUUUACCAAAUUGGGGUAGCCUAGAUUUAAUUUACUUCAGCCUAGACAUCAUUUACAAACUUGAAAUCGUGUAUUAGUAAAACAAACGACAACAUUUUAUUUAGAUGCCUAGACUGCCGACAGGGCGCAUGUCGACAUGUGUACGUUUUGGGGGCGGGACAGUGGUGUUGACGUAUUAGACACCGGCGUGGUUUCUGACGUCACACUUUGAUGUGGACCUGGUUGGACAUCCGGUGCAGGCAGGUCGCAGCGACGCGCUCUGAACCACAACAAAUUUUGUAGUGAUGUGCAAAAAAAGAGAUAUGCACAAAAGUAUAACAAAAGGCCAUUGUGACGAAACUGUGCAUAUACUCUCAGGUCAUGACAGUGGUGAAAUAUUGAUAACAACCGAGACGAAGACACAGCAUAACAAUUUUGAAAUCAAUCCGACCAAAGGUACUGUAGUUAGAGCCAAUUUAACAUUUUGUUUAAUUAUAAGGCCACCAAGUGGCGCAGCCCCACCACCUUUUUUGUGUGUCCCAUAAAACAACGUGUCAAAUGUGGUAAAAAAAAUGUUUAGACGUUUUAGGCAUACAUGCUCACAAAAGCAUAAAAAUUCACCCUCCUGGAUUUUAUUAUUUUUAUUUUCCAUAUUGCAUCAUACUACACCUGCGGACUAUCGGUGUAUUCACAAACAAUCACAGUUCACACCCAGAGAUCUGUCAGAUAAAAUGUGUCAGAGUCACAGAUGCUACUCAAUCAGAGAACAGACACAGCACAAACAGACAAACAAACUUUAAACACGGUUUGAAAAAGAAAAAUCUAAAAAUCUUAGUUCUUUAUUGACCCAAAAUAGUUCUUGUUUUUGUAUGAUCUAACGUUAUAUUAGCAAAGGACAUGACGUAAUUUUCAGAUUUCAUGCGUACACAUAGUGACACCUGGUGGUCAAGGUUGAUAUCGCUGAUCUGCUGUUUCAUUCAUCAGUUGUCAACUUUAGUUUCUUAUUGCCUUGGCUUCGGCCAAGAAUUUUCAUUUCGGUGCAUCAAAUGAAAAUUCUUGGCCGAAUAAAACUGAAACUUGACCGAACGCAUUUCUUCUAUUUAUUUAGCCAAUUUUUUCACUAUUGCAUAAACUGAAUGGUCAAAAUGUGCUUUUUAUAUUUUGUCUUGCUUUUCAAUAUAAUACAAUAUAACUCAAAGUAUAAUUGAGCAAAACAAGUAAAUUAAAAUAAAAAAUUGUCCCCUCUCCCUUCUUGAAUAGCCGGUACCAGGCCUAUAACUGACUACUGUACCCCUACAUACAAAACACUUCAUUAAAAAGUGUCAUUCAACAUUACAAGCUAAAAAUAUGAAUGAACGAAAACUGUUUGAUUAUUAUAGGCUACACUGAAAAAUGAUUUAAAGGGGAAAAAAACAUCCAUGCAAGAAAUUCUGACUGACUCUCUCCCCAAACUCCGCCCACAAAAGCUGACUGUUCUCUCAGAAGGUGCACACGUGGCCCGGAUACUUUGACAAGUUGUUUAGUCCAUGGAACUGUGCGCACGCGACCACUGUAUGAUGUCAAAGGAUGUCGCGAUUGGCGGAGCUACUGUCAGACCACCCGCUCCAGUCUGAAGUAAAGUUACCGACCGGUAAAGAGGCUUUCAUUUCGAAAUUUACAUCGGCGCGGCAAGUUUCGUGAUGUAUUUCUCUGACACUUAAAAAUGCUCCACACGGCCGACAGAGUGUUGCCAGAUUGGGUGGACGAUUUCCAGCCCAAACGCUCAAUAAAUCCCGCCCACUCCAACUAAAACCAGCCCAAAUUUUAACUGCCACCAUUUUAUCUCCUUAAAACGAACUAUGAAAAGAUAUAAUUAAACCAGGAAAACAGGUCAAACGGAUCAAAUAGCAUGAAAGAGAUUUAGAAAAUAUGACUAAUAUGUCCAGAAACCACUUCAAAGCGACAAUCAAGAAAUUAACCAAUGACUUUAACCCUCAAAAAACACAUUUUGUGCAAAAAGUGCCCAUUAUAAUUAAUCUGAUUCAGAAAGGUUAGUAGGCAUUUUCCACUCGUUCAUGAACUUCAUUCACACGCCACAGCAGCCAAAAAUGUGCGAUUCAUUGAUACACACAACAGAACAAAAAAGAACAGCAGCAGCAACAAUAAUGCGCUUAUCUUUGAGAGUUGCCUUGACAUCAGACAGAACUACAGUAUGUCUUUCGUGAAGUUUAUAUUGCAGAACAUAUAACGCAAAAUUUAUCAAGUCCCGCAGCUGUCAAGGACGAGUAUGAUGAACAGAAGUAACGUGAGUAGAAUCCCAUAUUCAGUUAGAUUUUUAUUAAAUCAUUCAACUGCUGUGAAUUCAGUUAUAGUUAUAUUUACAAAGUCUUCGAGUCGUCUGUCACCACCUGUGUAAUCCACGUUGUGAGAUUUGAGUUACUCGCCCCACCGUGCAACAUAUAUUUGGGCCACUUUGGGACAUUGCGAUCUCUUCAAUAUACAAUAUCUGGUCCUUUAUCGCGCCAAAACCCCGUCACUCACGAGCCAUCACGUGAUCUCAACUGUAGAUUGAUUGACAGGUGAGGUCUCCCUAUCCCAGACCUGAUUGGUUAAACUGAACCAAUAAGGGCUGUGUUAAGGAAUAAUGGGUUUAUGACUGCACUACACAUUAUUUUCGAACGUUUUGAAAUAACUUGACUAAUCAAAAGCAAAGAAAAGGCAAGCUGCUUGGGCGGGUUUUUAAUUUCAUAAGCAGCCAAAAUUUUGUCCACCCGCCCAAUGCAUUUUCUCCGGUCUAACCCGUUCAAAAGAAGCACCCAAUCUGGCAACACCGGGCCGACAUGUUUGCUGCAUUACUAAAGCGCGUGCGUCGCUCUCUCUCUCUCUGCGCUGCUUGAUCAAAUCACACGUCAUGUUCGGUAACAUUUAUUCGAAACUUAUAUUAUAACGGAAUAUUUUCCGUUGCCGAACAUUCGGUGGAUCCCUAGUUUCUUAAAUCUUCCGAUUAAUUUUAUGCAAGAACUUUGUGAAAGUAGAAAAAUCUUGAUGUACAACUACAAAAAUAAAGAGGGUAACUUGAUUUUUUAAAUAGUCUGAUAAAAUCGUCAUUGUCUUAUUUAAUGGAGGCUACUAGAUGAUUUUAUAUCACAAACAUCUGAGAGAAAUCAUGAACUCCAUAGUAUCAUUAUAGUAACUAUAGUUACAAAUCUGAUCAUGAAUACACUCUUUUGUAAGUGACCAGUAAGCUUCAGGCUAAUAUCUAAAUGUUUUAAUUUUUGUUUUCACAACUUUGGAAUCAAAACUGGUAUGGUAAGAAUAAAUUAAUAAAAAUGUACUUUAGAUACUUAAGUACAAGUAAAGAAGUAUGCGCUUUAAAAAAAACUCAAGUCUUUGCAAGGUUCACUUGUAAUAGAGUAAUAUUUGACCAGUAGUAUUUGUAAUGAAGUUCUAGUAAGAAUGCCUUUUACAUACUCCACACGCAUGGACUCUAUACCAUCAUCGCCAUC